AUGCUUCGCACGCAGGCCGCAAACGUUCUGCGCCGGGCCGCCCCCCGUGCCUAUUCCACCCAGGCCCUGUCCAACCCGACGCUCAAGAACAUUGAGAAGAGAUGGGAGGGCAUGCCUCUGCAGGAGCAGGCCGACCUCUGGAUGGCCCUACGUGAUCGCAUGAAGGGCAGCUGGUCCGAGCUGACCCUGCAAGAGAAGAAGGCUGCCUACUGGAUUGCCUUUGGUCCCCAUGGACCCCGCGCUACCGAUCCUCCCGGCACAAACGCCCGCGUUGCCUGGGGUGUUGCUCUCGGCGUUGGCGCCUCAAUUGCCAUCUUCGCUGCCAUCCGCCUCGCGGCUAAGCCCGUUCCUUACACCAUGACUAAGGAGUACCAGGAAGAGUCCAACGAAUUCCUUCUCAACCAAAACGCCAACCCCAUCACGGGUAUCUCAUCCGAAGGCUACACUGGCAAGGGUGUCGUUCAGUCGCCUCCCAAGGGCAACUAG